GGCAAAAAAUCCCCUUAUAAAAAAGGAAAGUCACACUCUUUCUUACCAUUAAACAUUCGUUCUUCCAUAAUUGAUCAACCAAGCCAAUCACCUCUCUCAGAAAACCUCAAAGAAAAAGGGCCAAAAAUAGGAAAUGGGUAUAAUAGAAGAAGCUCAUAACGUCAAGAUCUUAGGCACAGGAGAGCAGGUGAUAGUUCUGGCUCAUGGAUUUGGAACCGAUCAGUCUGUGUGGAAGCAUGUUGUCCCUCAUCUUGUUGACGAUUUCAAGGUCAUUUUGUAUGAUAAUAUGGGUGCUGGUACUACAAAUCCUGAUUACUUUGAUUUUAAUAGAUACUCAACUCUCGAAGGUUAUGCUUACGAUUUGCUUGCCAUUAUAGAGGAAUUGAAAAUCGAGUCUUGUAUUUUGGUUGGCCACUCUAUUUCUGCUAUGAUUGGCGCUAUUGCCUCUAUUUGCCGUCCUGAUCUCUUCUCUAAGAUCAUCAUGAUCUCUGCUUCUCCAAGGUAUUUGAAUGACGUGGACUACUAUGGAGGAUUUGAGCAAGAAGAUAUAAACAAGUUAUUUGAAGCAAUGCAAUCCAAUUACAAGGCAUGGUGCUCCGGGUUUGCUCCGCUAACUGUGGGAGGAGACAUGGAGUCGGAGGCGGUUCAAGAAUUUAGCCGCACUCUUUUUAGCAUGAGACCAGAUAUAGCUUUAACCGUCGCACAAAAUUUAUUUCAAAGUGACAUGAGACAAACUCUACACUUAAUCACUGUGCCUUGUCAUAUAUUGCAAAGUGGUAAAGACUUAGCUGUACCAAUAGCUGUGUCUGAAUAUUUACAUCAACACCUUGGCGGUGAAUCUAUUAUUGAGAUCAUGUCAUCAGACGGUCAUUUACCUCAAUUGAGCUCGCCAGAUAUUGUAAUUCCAGUGCUUCUUAGGCAUAUUCAUUUUAAUAUUACUACCUAAUGCACCUUUCAUAUUCUUAUUAUGAAGGAUAACUGUGUUUGCUUAAGUUAUUAAUCUCUUACUCAUGAAAGUAAACAUAUUUCCGAUCUAAGUUUAGAUUGGAAAAAAUUCAAUCAAAAUCAAAUUUAGAUUUGAAUAUAAUAUUUAAAUUACAUGGAAACUGAAUUGAAUUGUAUUUGAUAGACUAUGAUGACCGCUGGAUUUCACUACCUCGGUCUGAGACCUGACCCAUGACGACAGCCCUUUACCUGAAGGCUUUUAAGCCCCCCGCAUGAAUCAGGUCCAGGCCCCUCGGCCUUAAGACCGGACCCCUCUUAAACCUCUAAAAUCGGGCCGGCCCAGCCUUUUCGACCCUCAGCUCAGACCUCCCCUGGACUUCAGUCCUAAUCUCACCUUCCAGCCCGGUCCGGAAGAGAAAAGGUAGCCAGCCCAUUCACCUUGUGGGUCCAUCCGCAUACGUACCAGGGAGAAUUAAAUGGUCGUUACGCAUGAAGCAGAGAUCUGAUAUUCUCGUACGUCCGUAUCCGUAUGGCAGAGACAAGUGGCCCAAUGGCAGUGAGGCCGUUACACGUCACUGACAGACAAAGGAAAAGAAUAAAAGGGGAGAAGCAUUCUCCUCUC